AUGUCGGGUGUUAGGGCAGGAAACGUGAUAGCAGUGUACAUAUGGGCACCUGAAGAAGAAGGUCAUUAUUACCCUGGAAGGGUAUCAAGAUGGUGGCUAAAACAGAGUUUGGCUUUAUUGGAUUCGUCUUUGAAAAACCUUGGCACUUCUCUUGUUACCAAGAGAUCUACUGAUAGCGUUUCUUCUCUUCUUGAGAUUAUCAAAUCCACUGGUGCUACUCAGCUGUUUUUCAAUCAUUUAUAUGAUCCGUUGUCUCUGGUUAGGGAUCACAGAAUGAAGGAGAUUUUAACAAGUAAUGGGAUAUCAGUGCGUUCAUUUAAUGCGGAUUUAUUAUAUGAACCAUGGGAAGUUCUUGAUGACGAAGGUCGUCCAUUCAAUACAUUUACACAAUUUUGGGACAGGUGUCUUAGCAUGCCUUAUGAUCCUGAAUCUCCACAACUCCCACCAAAAAAGAUAAUCUCAGGCGAUUUAUCAAAGUGUGGUUCGGAAACAUUAAUAUUCGAGGACGAAUCCGAGAAAGGAAGCAAUGCACUUCUAGCCCGGGCAUGGUCACCGGGCUGGAGCAAUGCGGAUAAAGCCCUGGCGGCUUUCAUCAACGGGCCACUCCUCGAAUACUCCAAAAACCAUAGAAAAGCCGAUAGUGCCACCACAUCAUUCCUAUCUCCUCACCUCCAUUUUGGCGAACUUUCUGUACGAAAAGUCUUUCAUUUAUUACGAAUCAAACAAGUCCUUUGGGCCAACGAAGGUAACACCACAGGUGAAGAAAGCGUAAAUUUAUUCCUUAAAUCCAUCGGGCUUCGGGAAUAUUCAAGGUAUAUGAGUUUUAAUCAUCCGUAUAGUCACGAAAGGCCUCUUUUGGGGCAUUUGAAGUUUUUUCCAUGGGUGAUAGACGAGGGGUAUUUUAAGGCGUGGAGACAGGGUCGAACGGGUUACCCGUUGGUUGAUGCGGGUAUGAGAGAGUUAUGGGCCACGGGUUGGCUCCAUGAUAGGAUACGGGUCGUGGUGGCCAGUUUUUUUGUGAAGGUUUUACAGUUACCAUGGAGAUGGGGGAUGAAGUAUUUUUGGGAUACGCUUUUGGAUGCGGAUCUUGAGAGUGAUGCUUUGGGUUGGCAGUAUAUUACGGGUACUUUACCCGAUGGCCGUGAAUUUGAUCGUAUCGAUAAUCCACAGUUUGAGGGCUAUAAAUUUGACCCGAAUGGGGAAUACGUAAGAAGAUGGCUACCGGAACUUGCUAGACUACCGACGGAAUGGAUUCACCACCCAUGGGAUGCACCGGAAUACGUCCUUCAAGCCGCUGGAAUCGAGCUAGGGUCCAAUUACCCUCUCCCGAUUGUAAAAAUGGAUGAGGCAAAAGCCCGAUUACAAGAAGCGCUUACUCAAAUGUGGCAGCACGAAGCGUCUUCUCGAGCGAUUCUGGAAAACGCAAUUGAAGAAGGGCUUGGAGACUCGUCGGAAACUGCUCCGAUUGCUUUCCCUCAAGACAUGGAGAUGGAGAUGGACGAGAAUACGCUGAGGACGAACCCUACGACCACCACGAUCCGUCAUUACGAAGACCAAAUGGUUCCGAGUAUGACGACGUCGUUGUUUAGGGGAGGGGAAGAGGAAUCGUCUUCAGAAAUUGGAAAUUUUAGGGAAGAUAGCAGGGCGGAAGUUCCGAUUAAUCAAGGCGGAGAUGGAGAUGGAGAGGGUCAAACGGUGAGGACGGGUAAUAUGCAGCCACCGAUUGAUAUCACGAGGGCAUUGAGAAUUACGGAUGAUUUGCCGGCGGAUUCUUCCAACAGUUCGAGUUCAAGUUCGAGGGAAAGAGAUGGGGGUGUUGUGCCUGUAUGGUCGCCUUCCACUUCUAGUUUUUCGGAGACGUUUGUUGGUGAAGAUAGUUCUUAUUUGCAGAGGCGUACGCAAUCUCAUCAAUUAAUCAACAACUGGAGGCGGCUUUCGCAAACCGGGUGAUCUGUGUUUGUGAAUGCGAGAAGGUGGAAGCUUGAAGAUGGUAGGUGCUAUAUCAGAUGAUCGUGGGUCUUCAUUUUCCGAUCUGACCUGAUCCAACGGUGGACGAUCUGUGGGCAGAAAUUCAGAUUUUUUGAAACCGAAAGAUAAAGCAUCUUUGCUUCUUUUAGUUCUGUGUUGUGGUUAUGCUGUAUAGUAACUGGUAGUGAUGUGGUAUAUAACUUGCAUGCAUCUACGUGUAUAUAUGUUAUAUAUACGUAUAUGUGAUAUGUAUAUGUAUAAGUAUGUGUUUAUGUUCAUUAUCAUCUUUGUAGUCAGGGUUGUAUUUUAGCACGUUGACCAAUCUUGUAUUGUUGUGUGCUAAAAAUGUAGGAAUUGUGGCA